UCUCUCUCUCUGUUGGGCAGCUGUUGGAGCUGUGCGGAGCGGAGUCUGUGAAUCACCCCAUCAGCCCGUGCAGAGCGGCAGUCAGUCCGCUGAGAGGACACCCAGCUGCCCGUCCAAACCAAGGAGCCUUUUACGCACCGGGAGGAACUACCUGAAAACGCAGAUGUUGCCAUUGUGAAAACAAGAAACCAGUACCUUUUUUCCCCACUGUAAAUUCUCCUGGAAUAUUCUCUUUGAUUGCUGCCAACUUAUUUUGAAAUUAUCACUAAAAGCCGGAGGGCAUCUCCUGAGCAGAAUGAAGGGAUUUACACCUUUCUGCGUGAUUCUUCUUGUCGCCAUCAACUCAGCGACCAAGUUAAAUGUACCGCGACUGAGACUGUCAUACAAAGACCUGCUGUCCACCAACAGGUCGUCUAUCUUCAGCGGUCACCAUGGCCAGCUCGCUCUUACCGCUGUCUUCCUGGAUGAGUACCGUGACCGUCUCUUCCUGGGAGGGAAAGAUAUCCUGUACUCUCUCAUGCUGGGACCUGCCAGCAGCGAGUCCAAAGAGAUCUACUGGCCCCCGUUACCUGGCAACAGAGAAGACUGCAUACAAACAGGGAAGGAACCACAGACGGAGUGUGCCAACUUUGUUCGCCUCCUGCAGCCCUACAACCGCACUCACCUCCUGGCCUGCGGCACCGGGGCCUUCCAGCCCAUGUGCGCAUUCAUCUAUGUGGGGCACAGAGGAGAGCAUGUGUUCACAAUGGACCCAACAAAUGUGGAGAAUGGACGAGGGAAGGUUCCCCAUGACCCCAGCCUCCCCUUUGCUAGCACCUUCAAUGGUGGGGAGCUGUAUACAGGACUGACGGCAGAUUUCCUGGGCAGAGACUCUGUGAUAUUCAGGAGUAUGGGUGGUCGCUCCACAAUGAGGACAGAGACUGACCAGAAACUUCUCCAUGACCCUAAGUUCAUUGCCGCCCACCUCAUCCCAGACAACGACGACAGAGACAACGAUAAAGUGUAUUUCUUCUUCACUGAGAAGGCCACGGAGGCAGGGGACAGAGAGGGGGCCAUACACACACGUGUCGGACGAGUGUGUGCGAAUGACGUGGGAGGCCAGAGAGUGCUGGUGAACAAGUGGAGUACCUUCAUCAAAGCCAGACUGGUGUGUUCUGUACCAGGACCUCACGGCAUUGACACACAUUUUAACCAGCUGGAGGAUAUUUUUCUGCUGAGGACCAAGGAUGAGAGAAACCCAGAUGUCUAUGCAAUCUUCAGCACCAUCAGUAAUGUGUUCCAGGGUUUUGCUGUGUGCGUUUACCGUAUGUCUGACAUCAGAGAAGCCUUCAAUGGACCAUUUGCUCAUAAAGAAGGCCCCGACUACCAAUCAGGGGCCUAUGAAGGCAGGGUUCCUUAUCCAAGACCAGGCGUGUGCCCUAGUAAAAUAACUAACCAGCCAGGCAGAGAGUUUGGCAGCACAAAGGACUUCCCUGAUUCAGUGCUACAGUUUGCUCGCAGCCACCCGUUGAUGUGGCGGCCGGUGUAUCCCGCUCUGCGCCAGCCUGUGCUGGUAAAGACCAACAUUCCUUACAAGCUGAAACAAAUCGUGGUGGACCGGGUCGAGGCAGAGGACGGGCAGUAUGAUGUCAUGUUCAUUGGCACAGAUGUUGGCACAGUAUUGAAGGUCAUUGCCCUGCACAGUGGGAACAGCCUGGAGACAGAGGAGGUCACACUGGAGGAGCUACAAGUCUUCAAAGUGCCAACUCCAAUUACAUCAAUGGACAUCUCAGUAAAAAGGCAAGCCCUGUAUGUGGGCUCUCCAGCAGGUGUGGCACAGGUCAAGCUGCAUCGCUGUGAAACUUAUGGGAAUGCCUGUGCUGAGUGCUGCCUGGCCAGAGAUCCUUACUGCGCCUGGGACGGAUCUUUGUGCACACGGUACACGCCCAACAGCAAACGUCGAUUCCGCAGACAGGACAUCAGGCAUGGAAACCCUGUCCUGCAGUGUGUGGAUCAGAAUCUGAGUGAAGACCUUGAUGUGACAGAAGACAGGGUGGUGUAUGGGACUGAGAACAACAGCACCUUCCUAGAGUGUGUCCCUCGCUCUCCACAAGCUACUGUGACCUGGCUCGUCCAACGUGACGACCGCAAAGAAGAGGUAAAGCUGGACGAUCGUGUGAUGUCUACGGAGCAGGGUCUCCUGUUCCGCCGUCUCUUCCGUCAUGAUGAAGGCAUGUACAUCUGCCGCUCCCGUGAGCAUGGCUUCACACAGACCCUGGCCCGCCUCACCCUCGAAGUCCUGCAGGGGGAGACCGUGGAUGAGCUCAUGGCACGUGACGCCGCCGGCUCCUCCGACUCGUUCAAAGACCGGUCUGGCGGAAGCUACAGGGCCUGGAUGCCUUGUAGCGCGUACAGCAGGGGCAGCUCGUCAAGCCAAAUCGGCCAAUCGCGUACAUGGUUCAAGGAUAUCAUGCAGCUCAUCGGGCCAUCGAACCUGCCGCACGUGGAGGAGUACUGUGAGAGGAUGUGGUGCAACGACAAGCUGAGGAGGAAACACAAGAGCAUGCUGGAGAAAUACCGCCAGGCGCAGGAGAGCGCCAGGAAGGCACGCAGCAAGAGCUCUGGUGAACGGAACCGGACGCCGAGGGACCUCAGCGGCCGGGAGGAGUAAAAAGCAAGUCAAAGGAGAAAAAAAAGACAAGGAUGACAGUGCAGGACAAGAUGGUUGGGCAAUAAAAAAAAAGAGUCAAAACCAGCAUCAACUCCUUAUUGUUGAAACUUUGGCACUUGGAUUUAUAAGAAUAAGGAAGAUCAGAAGUGCGGUAUAGGUAGGUAGUUUAGAUGCAAGGGUUGGUUCUGGGUAUAAAAAACACGACAAAAAGUGUUCAGUUGUCUUCAACUUUAGACUUCUACUGAAUCAAAGAGGUUGUGCUAUCAAGAGGAGAGGAAUACAUUCUGAGGAUGCUUUUAAAAAAUUCCCAAGGACUCCUUCUGCUCUCCCACUUAUAUAGUUUAACGGUUAUGGAUAACAGACACUGCGUUCAUUUCAUCAAGUCGUAUAGAGCCUCAGAUCUAUUAAACAUCCAACUGCCUGAGGGCUGACUCUUUGAUGGACAAGUUUGUGUUGACUCUUGGCAAAGUAGGGCUUCAAACAAGUGGGACAUUGCAUUUACAUACUUUUCAUCUUCGGACUACACAAUAUCAAGUGUAGCUCUGACACACACGGACACAUAUUCUAACUUUCUAUUUGGUUUUGUCAUAUUUCACACAAUGCGAUCACUGGAUUCACCUCAUUCUCACUCUGUAUUUAACGGUUUAUGUUUCUUGCCUUGCUGUAAACUUGGCUUUUUAAAAAAAUGAAAUAUUCAUGUGUGACUUCAGCUCAAGACGUAUCUGAGUUUGCAGUGUAUUUAUAAAAGGCAUAUGCAACUAUCGCACCCAGGCUUACACACUCACUGUAUCUGUAUCUGAUCUUGCCACUGUACAUGCACAUCCACACUCUUACAUAAACUGAAAUCCCAUUCACCCAUCACACUGAAUGCAUGAGCUCAACUAGCUCUAACUGGAAGCUACCAUGGGACGACUGUUGAUGUUUCAACAGAUUAAAGGCGCAUAGCUUUGUUUUUACUGCUGUGGGUGAAACUUUCCAUUAAACACCAGCUACAGAUCAAGAUGCCCCCCUCACCGACCCUUACAGGGGUAUUUCACAGUGGCUUACUUCCAUGCUUUUGGUUACAUACCGUAACUCCUCCUGGAAUGUAGCUAAUGGCCGCAGUCAGUCAAUCGCAGAUAUUGCUUCCGUGGGGACCCUCAUGAACCUUAGUCGGAAAACUAAGUCUGCAACCAAUGAAAUGUUGCAUAUUACACAUUUAAGGUGUAAAAUGUAAUUUUACACUUUUUGUAUCUUUAACACCAAUGUAGGACUGCAAACAACGAUUGUUUUCAAAAUAUUUUUUCAUUAAAUUUUAACUCUUGAGUCAUUUAUCGUUCGAUAUAAAACUGCCCAAGGUGACAUCUUCAGGGUGCUUUUUUCUCCAACUAGCAAUCAAAAAAAUCAUCCAUCUGAGGAAAAAUGACAUAACCUGACCCCUCUGCCGUAGCCUCACCUUACACUUUAAUCAUCCACUAAACUCAUGUUCCCACAGUUCCUCUGUGCACUGUAGCUCUCCAGUUACAACAGAGGAAACAAAAGGAGAGGUCAGCUGAAAAAGUCAACUCUUCUUGGGCUUUCUGCUUUGUAAACACUGGUUUUAUGACGGUUCAUGGUUUGAACACAUGACAAUCCACAUUAUUCUUACUCUUAUUAUGAUUCAGUAAUGUAAUAUAAAACAACAAUAAUGACCUAACUGAAGAAGAAAAAAAGUUAAUGAAACUGAUUUUUUUGUUGUUGUUUUGGAGUUGCAUCACUAGCCUAGUAGCCUCCUCUAGCCCCAUCAUGGAGGUCCAUGUUAUGGGUUACAUAACGUAAUACCUAAUAAACAAUGAUAAAGAUGUGUCUAUAAUGUGCCCAUAAUUAAAAGGUCGCCAGUUUAAAUAAUUAUUAUUUACUUUAUUUCACCUGUAACUUUUUUGCUGAUAUUGAAUUUGUCCAGUGAUCAAUCACUACCUUCCAAUAAUACAUUCUGCAAUAAUUAACCAUGCUUAUUGGAUUCAUCUGAAGACAGGCUAAUACACUUUCAGCUGUUCACAAAUAGCCUGUUGUUGCCAAAGCACUGCACCUUUAAUACGGUCGCCAGAGGGUGAAAUCCCUGUGACGUGUACAUUGUUGAUGUAUAAAGAGAACUGGAUAUAGAGUUGGAGAAGAGUCCUAAAACGGUAUAUUGGGGCCAAAAAUGAAAAAAUAAAUAAAAAUACGGACCCAGGGGAGGGGGGUAAUAUUUCAGGGAAAAAAGUGUCAAAUCUACAACAAAAGGGUAGCAGAUUUAUGAGGAAAAAAAGUUGGAAAAAUAGGCUAGUGUUUUGUUUCUCUCACUAUGCAGUGAGUGACUUAAUCAAAUUAUACUUUGCAAUCAGAUUUAGCAAUAAAGAAAUACUUUAGCCCAGGGUGGUUUUAGCCCAGAAUCACCAUAGUAUCUGGACUUUGAAGAGACAUUUUUGUGAAUUGGGCCUAUUCAGAAGAAAACCACACAAAUGUGGAUGAGGUGUUAGCUCUGUGGUAUGUUGAGGUUCCUUGAAAAAAAACACACAAUUUUUCUGACUUCUUUUCUCAUAAAUCUGCUACUUUUUUCUCCUAGAUUUGCUACUUUAAUCUCAUAAAUUUGCAACUUUUUUCUCAAAAUAUACCACCCCUUCCUCUGGGUCUGUAUUUAUUUUUUUAUUUUCAUACUUGAUCAUAGUACACUGUCGUAGAGUCCUGCUUAUUCCACUGCAAGUUGCCCCAGUGGCACAUGAAGCCAAAAUAGUUUGACUUCAGUGCAUAAAAUGACCUGGAUCUUUUCCGGCCCAUAGAGAAGUGUAAAAAACAUGCCAAGUCAGAUGCUUCUAGAUUAGCACUCUGCUGACUUGAAUGAGGAUGAAAUUAUUUAAUCAUGCAGCUCUAACAAAUUCUCCAGAUUUUAUCUGCCCAAAUGGAUUCAAUUACAACACUAAAAAAGUAUAUGUAUACAUGAUUUACAGGCGUCAGAUUCCAAUGUAAAUCAAUGGGAAAAUACGUUUUUUGUAAUUCCACAGCUUGGCCACUAUGUCAAAUUGGUUUCAAAGCCAGGGACUCCCUCUGGGCUUGGUGUAAAUAUAAAAGACGGUAUAUAUACCUUGAGGGCCCUAAUGUUUAAAAUUAGCCAGGAAACAACAUUAACACCAGUGAUCUUGGUGACCUUUUUGUAACCUUUGUGGCGUGUGAAUGGCUUUUGAGAGGACAAAUAAAGGGAAAGCAGGAGUGAAGAUGAGGUGGGAGAUUGUUCAAAUAAGGUACUAUAAGUAUUUUGUGAAGACUGUAAGAUUGCAAUUCAUAAAAACCCUAAUCGCUAUUUAAUCCCUUUUUCAAACAAUUCAUUAGUAUGAAGUGAGUAUUUCAAAAGGCCACACACUUUUUCCUCCAGUUUGUACAGCACACUAAAGCGGACAUUUUACUCAAGCAAAGUUUAUUUUCUUAGUUUCUGAAUUGUGAGACUGGCUAUUAGGCUCCACUUAUGAUGUUUUCUUUAAAAAUAUUGCUUCUGAUUUAUAUCUCAACUGAAAGCAAAUGAUAGAGUGACGGGAAGAUGGUGUGCAUGAAACAAUGAGACAGUAGGGUUUAAAAAAAGCAUUAAAAAUAGAUUUAUCUAGAAAAAAAUCCUACUCAAAAGUAAGUUCUCUCUAGUCUUGUCAUGUAUUUGUGAAAAUACAAUUACUUUGUUUGGUCUGCUCUGGUGUAUGAAGAUUUUUGUUGUUGUGGUGGUGGUGGCCUCAUUUUGCUUCUGUCAGCCCACAUCAUGACCCUACAUAACUGUCAUCAGAAAAUUAAAAGUAUACCAUUUGUAACUAAUAUUGUGAACUUAUCGUGUGUACAAUUUCCUUACGAUUUCAAUGUUAUGGCAAUUGUCAUAAUGAAAUAAUUUUUUUUUUUGCUGGAGUCUGACACUUAAAACGACAAAAACAUCAUUACUUCAGGAUGUCAUUAGUAAUGUGUUUCUUUCUGCAAAUAUGGAAUUUUUAGUUGCUGACAAAAAAUGUGUAUUACUGAUCAAAUGUCAGUUAUAUUUGCAUGUUCAAAACACACAUUGUAAAGCCUUGAGAUGCAUUUAGUUGUUGUACAGUUGUACAAAGUGUGUUGUGGUGUUGCAUCUCACUUUUUCUUUUUUUCCCCUUAGUCCUAAUUUUGUCCAUUAUCUACAGCUAGUCCAGUGCUGGAUGUCAAUAGUUUUUAAAUUUGAUCUCAAACACAUGUUGAAUUUGCAGCACUUUCAUGCAUUAAUGUCCAACUGUAGUGUUUUACAUAUUUUAAUAAUAACAACAACACCACUCAAACACUACUAUAUUGUGGUAACUUUUGUAAAACUGUUGCAGGGUUUCACUCCAGUCAAACUCCACCAGGUGAUUUCACUUUGCAGCUGCUCCUCCUGAUUGGAGAUGCACUAAUUAUGUGUCUGCACAUGGUCUGACUACCACAGCUACUCUAUAUCAAGCAGACAAAGAGGGUCACUCUGGUUUAGACUGUGAAUGUAGAUACUGGGGUAAAACAGUAAAAAUCACCCUUAUCUAUCUGUUCUGGAUUUUGACAUCCAUGAGUUUGUAAGGUCAACAGUCAAACAAGCAUGGUUCCUCCCGUAGAAAACACUUCACGCUGAAAGUAUCGGCAAAAGUGUAAAGAUCCUUUAACUAACAAUGAGCAUUAACUUGAUGACCUGUCCCUUUGUUGUACUGUAAAGUUGUGCUGGUGUUGAGGUCUCUGACAGAGCCUAAUUUAAAUACAUAUUUAUGUUUUAUUUAAGUGUCUUUCUACCAUGCAUGCUAUGUAAGUGUAUGCUAUUUAACAGCAUUAAAAGUGGAUUUUCUAACAAAG